UUUUAAUUUUUUCCGAUCAGCCUUAGUAAUAAUAAAUAAAACAAAUAUCAUUUUGUUGGAAAAUAAAAAACCGACAAACAAAGGAGAAAUAUUUUGUCCUUUUAUUUUAUUUUCUGGGCUAUUUAGAUUCUUGCAAUAGAAGCCAACGCUUUAAAAUUGAUUUGUGCGAGAAUUUUACAUAAACCCUAAGAAAGAUCUUUGUUUUUUCCGUCUUUUUGCGUUUUAGUCUUCAGGUGCGAUUCACGUUCCUCAUCUUUUUUGUUCUUCUUAUAAACUAUUUAUUUGCGUUUCGUCCUCUAUGAUCGAGAAGCUUCGAGGAGCAACCAAAAUCCCAAAUUUUUCCUCGACAAAAAAUCUACCUGCUUUGAUCCAAAUCUCUAUGGGUUUUUAUCAUUAAUCGAAUUUCAAAAUUGAUGAAUCCAUAAUUUUUUUCUCUAUUCGAUUUAUGAGAAAUUGAUUUUUUUUUUUAUUUUUCUCCCUUGUGAAAUAGGUUAAAGAUUAUUGUUUUGUUGCUGUUUGUAGUUAUGCCGGUAAUGAAUCCAUCAUUGUGUAUUGGUACACAAACAUCGGUGUACCUCGCUCCUCGUGAGAAAUCUUUUACGAGUAAUGGAAACUCUCAAAGGCGUUAUCCUACAAGCGUUUCUAUGCAACGCCAGCCUUGGAGCCAAAGUAAAUUCCCUUCUCUCCAGGAUGCAGUGCAACCAGUUGUCGUCUCUAAGAAUAAAAGACCAGUCUUUGCAUGUAACUCUGCGCUGAAUUCAAAAUGCAGUCAAGGACAAACACAGACCGUUACACGGCAAUCACCAACAAUCACACAAGCUCCUACUCAUGGAAAAGUUAAAUCCCCAAAGCUUGAUGACGGUGGAAACGGGUUCCCACCUCGGGAUGAUGGUGGUGGUGGUGGUGGCGGAGGCGGUGGAGGGAGCUCUUCAGGUGGAUUCUUCCUUUUCGGGUUUCUUUUGUUCAUGGGAUACUUGAAAGAUUUGGAGGGCGAACAUGAAAACAACCAUUAAAUCGGAGGAAAACAUGAUGCACAAGCACAACAGACAAAUCUCAAGACAAGUAUUCUCCAAGAGAAAUCUCUGUAUCAAAAACAAUAGAUUCUAGUACUAGCAAUAGGCACAGAUUUGAGUUGUUAUUUAUGUUUUCUCUGUUGGGUUAUGAAUGAGAUUCUUGUUCCGUGACACAAACAAAGCUCAUCUUAUCCAAAUGUUUAUGGAACCAGGUUUGGGAGAUGCAGAGAAUCACACAUAAAUGAAUUCAAAAUGUACCCUUGUUCUUUUGUUUU